AUGGACUUCCAGACACUCCUGGAUAAUAUCCAGGAAUUGUCUGAUCUCGAGCUUGGAGUGCUCCUGAGCUUGAUCGCACAAGGUCAUUGUCUGAUGACCACGGACGACGAUCUCAUCGAUGAUCUAGCGAGCGAACUGUCUCUAAUCGUAUCCGAACGUUUCGGUCUAUCAUAUGUCGUCCUGGGCCCAGAAGGUCUGACCUCAGUAGAUCAGUUCGGUGAAGCUAUCCUCGAACCAAAAGGCCCACAGUUCCCUGCGGAGGAUGACACGCAAUCUGCAUCCGCCCACGCUCGUCUUGCAAGUGUUGACAUUCGCGCAGCUCCUGGUCGUCAUGACCAAUACGACGCAGGUCUUGACAAUCGUGUCGUCAAAAAUGUGAUUAUUGCCAAAGGCUUUAAUUUCGCAGAUCCAUACGUACAGGUUCAGGCUAUCGAGCUUAUCAACAAUAGGAGAAUGAUAUCUCGGACUACUGUACACGUUGUGCCAAAACAGUUUCUGUUCAUUCCUGUUAUCGCAGCAUCGACAAAGCAUAUACGACUUCUGCCACAUCUGAACGACCGCAUCUUCAUCUCGCACUACCACCUACCUGAACAUGGAUUCGUCAACCUGGAGGAGCUCGAUCAAUCAGCCGCGUCCGACGACCAUUCCAGUCCUUCCAGACUCCGCUCGUCCUGGGAAACCAGUCGAACAGCAUCAAGAAGCAUCGCUACCAUCGCCAUCGAUAAAAUUCGUGCAAUAGGUGAAGCCUGCGACAUCACUCCUGAAAUACGUCGCUACCUCCAAGAUAUCGUUACUUUCAUUCGUCUCGAGCGUGGUGUGGACGGUGGCAUCACACCCCGUGCAAGCACCGACUUCCUCGCCCUGGCGAAAUACCUUGGCCCUCUACAUAGCAUCAACUUCGUGACGCCGAGCCUGGUAGCACUUGCAGCCAGAAAGAUCUAUUUACAUCGAAUUGUGAUUGCAGAUCCUGCGAGGGAGAGAAGCAUGCAGUACGGAAGCGACUCCGCCGCCGUGAUGGAGCUGUUAGACGGAUUGACGCCCGAAGAAGUGAUCGGGAACGUGCUGGCGACAGUACCUUGUCCAAUAUGA